AUGGCGGAACCGUCCAGUAAUACAAAUGUGGAUAUUGAAUACGUUUAUCAGGUGGUAUAUGAUUUAAGACCAAAUGAACUACAGCAAAUUUUAAAAGAUGUUAAGCAGAGCCCAUCUGGUAGCAUACAAUUGUUACGCAAUCGUGUUUUAUGCUUUCUAACUGAUCCUAGACUAAAACCAAUAAAUAUGGAACAAAAAAUUUUAGAAGUCUAUAACACUAGACUACGACAAAACCAACUAUCUCAACAAUUUCAACUACCACCACCAGAAUUUUUACAAGAACCUCGAUACAACCUUCAAAUUCAUAGCCAAUCUUAUACACCACCAAGACCAAAUCCUAUACAACCGAGUAUACAACCUUUUGUUGAAACCUCAAGUCCAGCUAUACAAUUUGAACCCAUACCAUUCUUUAAGACAGUGCUAACAUUAUUAAACCCUAUGUACUACAAUACUGAUUCUGCCAAAAUAAGUGGGAUAUUUUAUCUAACGGAAAAUGUUAGACUUGCUAUUGCUAAUUCAUGGAAUAGUGCUAGACAAGAAUAUAAAAUUCAAAUUAUUUUAAGAUUACUACAAGUUGGACGUAAUACAAAUGUUCCUGAUCGUUUACCUUAUGAUCUCACAGUUUCUGUAAAUGACCGUCAAUGUAAGUUACCUACAUUAAACAUCCCAACAAAAAUUGGCAUCGCUUCGUGGCGGAGCAAUGUUCCUAUAGAUAUUACUCAACAAACGAUUUUAAAUACUUUUGUAAAGAACACAUUAGACAUUUCAUGGUCAAACGAACUACACAAUUAUAUGAUUGGUGUUUUUCUGGCCCAUAAAUUGACUUCGAAUGAUCUGCUUGAAGAACUUAAAAAAAGACCCGUACGUGCCUCUGAUAAGACUAAAGAACUUAUUAAAAAAUCUAUGGAAAAUGAUGCUGAUAUGGGUGUAGACUAUAUAUAUACUACUGUUAAGGAUCCAUUAACUAAAUUAAGAAUGAAACUUCCUGCUCGAGGUGUAGACUGUAUACAUUUACAGUGUUUUGAUGCAAUACAAUUUUUACAGAUGAAUGAACAAAGGGAAAAAUGGACAUGCCCAUUAUGUACGAAAAAAAUUAAGUUUGAAAACAUUGAAGUUGAUGAGUUUUUUUUAAACAUGCUUCAAAGUCCAGAUUUAAGCGAAGAAUGUGAAAAUGUUCUUUUAUUGAAAGAUGGGACAUGGUCUGAUGGCAAAAAUAAAGAAUUUUCAAACAAUUCUAAAACAAAUAACAAUGGAUCUACAAACAAUAUACCAGUGUUUACAUUAUCAGAUCAUGAUGAUGAUUCAGAUGAUACAGAUGAUACAGAUGAUACAGAUAAUAGUGAAAGUGACAUAGACAAUGUUGGUAAGGCUGAGAUUAUUCCAAAACCAAAACGUUUUAAAUAUAAUUCAUCAAAAGAGGGAGAAUCUGAACAUGGUAUGGGAACUGAAGACCUAACAAAUCCUUCUGAAAGUUAUCGAAGUGACAAAUCGAAUAAUGGUGGUACAUCAUGCCCAUUAAUAUCAUUAAACCGAAUGGAAUCAAGCACUCUGUCAAAUAAUGUUAACCAUCAAAACAUUUCAAUCUCAGGGUCCAAUAACUGCGUAGCUGGGAGCUCUGGGAAUAGUAGAAAUAAUAGACAUCAAGAAAAAGAUAAUUCAAAAUCGGUUUUAUGUGUUAUAACAUUAGAUUAA